AUGGACAAAAAGGACAUCGGCAUCUUGAUAGGAACGAUUAUCUCCGUGCUCUUCCUCAUUCUCGGAGUGGCCAUUCAAAGAUGGACAUGUGGUGGUGUGCUAGGCAGCUGUGUAAACUUCUACAAGAGCAGUAACUACAUGGCCAUCGGCGUCCUUCUUGUCAUCGCCAUCAUUUUGCUUGCCCUCGGGCUUAUUUUUAUCAUCCUCGAUCUGACGGUUGGCAACAACUGGAUGGGAAUUGCAGCAGUCGUAUUUGCCUUCAUUGGAGCUUUGCUAGCUCUAAUUGCUAUGCUUAUCUACUACUUUACAGAACAAUUUAUUUCUCCUAUUCUCGCCACUAUCGGCAUGGCUUUUGGUGUCGCCGUAGCCAUAUUUAUGCUGAUGCAGAGACUCUCUUGUUAA